AUGCGGAAAGGGCCUCCCAAAUCCGGGACACUGGUGGCUUUCGUGAAGCUUCCAGUUGCGGUAGCAAACGCAGCAUUCAAGUGUGGGCGGCUAAAGGUGGGCUGGUCUAUCUGCCAGAUAGCCAUCCUCCAGCAACCGGAAAGGUGCUUCCGUUGUGUGGUAUAUGGGCGCAAAUCAUUCACCUGCAAGGGCACUGAUAGGAGUGGCUUGUGUUGGCGGUGCGGUGAAGCCGGCCUUCAGGCGGCUAGUUGCACCAAAGACGCAAAGUGUCUCCACUACGGUGGAGGACACAGGGCUGGCAACCCUAGGUGCCCCGCCUUACAAAAAGCAUCGGCUGCACCUUCCAGGGGAUAG